UCUCUCGUCUCUCUCUGCAAUCAGAGCAAAUUUCGCAGGUUUUCCCGCUUCUUACAUUGAGGGAAUUACUCUCUUUUCGCUCCAAAAUCUCUCUCUCUCUCCUAGACAAGCUUCACAGGUGUUCCUGCUUCAUACAUUGUGGGAAUCUCUCUCUACUGUUAAGUAACUUUAGCUCUUUCUUGAACUUCCAACUCUCCCUCUCUCUCUCUCUCUCUACCUACAUUCCUCUGAUUUUGCAGCCAGCAAACAAGAAUGCGGAUCUCAGAGGUUUCCCCUGAAACCAAACCCUCAGGCCUGAACCUUCUCGACCUUCAAACUUCUCUCCUCUCAGAGAUUGAAGCUUCAAUCCAAGAAAUCGAAAGCAUCUCACCAAGUGACUUGACUUCAUCAAACACUUUACUACCAGAGUUCUCGUCUAAGCUUAGAAAGCUUCUCUCUCGCCUUAACUCUGCCCUUCCUUUACCAGAGAACCAGAAGCUCCAAGCAUGGAAGCUAAGCUACAGGCUCUGGAACGCCAGUGUCGACCUCACAAACUCUCGACCAGUUGUUGCCGGAAAAUUUUCAGGCCAAGAAUUACGGCCAAAAUCUGAUGAGGAACAAGCAAAGCUUCGCCAGAUAGCCACAGAUAUCCUGGUUUUGGCCGGAAAUCCAUCUGGAAUUCCAUCUCCGACCAUUAAAGCUGCAUCCUUCUGUUAUAAAACAGGCCUGAUAUGGCAUGACCUGAAAAGGUACGACCUAGCCGCUUCUUGCUUCGAAAGGGUGGCUGAUCUAGCCGGAAAACUGGUAUCCGGCGAGUUUUCCGGUGAUGAGGAGCAGGAGCUUCUCUUCGAUCUCCAGAUUGCUCGCUCUGCAACUGCAUGGGACUCAUCUCAGAAGCCUUUAGCCCUAACCUUUAUUGCUCGAGCUCAAAAUCUCCUCUCUCAAAACCCGAACCCUCGCUCUGGCGGCCAUUACAAGCUCGCAAACCAGUUCUUCAAAUUUGGGAAGUCCCUUCUCUCCAACGAGAACAAAACCAGUGGAUCGAGAGGAUCUGAGCCAUUGAAGCUCUUAUCCGACGGUCUUGAUCUAUGCGAAAAGGGCAUCUCUCUCUGCUCAACCAGAGAAGCACUAGAAAUCGAAGCCCUGAAAUCUCUUCGUUCAAAGUGCCUGAAAUUCAUGGCCGCCGUACAUUUACAGAGAGAGGAGUACGAAAGCGUGAUGAAAUGUGUCAGGGUCGUGUAUGAUAAAGCGGAUUCAGGGGUUGCGUAUAUGGCUUUGAAGGGGUGGUUAGGACUUGGAGAGAGAGAGAAAGCAGAGAGAGAACUCAUCAAAGCGCUGGAGAACAGGUGGUGGAGCAAUGAGCUGGUGGCUGAGGCGGUUUCAGAGGUUGUCUAUGGCGGUGGUGGGGAGGUUGUGCAUGGUGAGGAGGUGGCGACGAGGUUGUGCAUGACGGUGGCGGAUAGAAUGGGGGCUGGGGCGAUGGUGAGGGUGGUGGAGAGGUUGUGUACGGUGGGAAGAGGAGAGACAGUGGGGACAGUGGCGGGAGAGGAGAGAGUGGUGGCGGUUUUUGCAGGGAAGGGGAGAGAGAAAGAGAGGACCGCCAUGCAUGCGGUAUUAUGGAAUUGUGCAGCAGAGUAUUUCAGGGCGAAGAAUUACAGGAAGAGCUCCGAAAUAUUCGACAAGUGCAUGCUUUACAUAGCGUACGACAUGGAGAGCCGUGUGCUGAGGGCCAAAUGCCUUCGUGCCCUUUGCCUCUGCCACCUGGCUCUCUGUCUCUAUGAUCAAGCUGAUGAAUACAUUUCUGAAGCCCAGAAGCUCGAACCAAACAUUGUCUCUGGGUUUCUCAAGUUCAAAAUCUACCUGCAAAAACAAGACCAAGCCCAAGCAAUCUCUCAAGUUCAAAGCAUGCCACAAUGCCCAGACUUCGACCCUGAAUUCCUCACUCUAGCUGCACAUGAGGCCACAGCUUGCCAAGCCAUACCAGUGGCCAUUGCCUCUCUCUCCUCUCUCUUAAGCCUCUACUCGCCAGAAACCUCCCUCAGCUCACCAGAAAACCCCCUAAACUCGCCAGAAAAGUUGCACACAUUGCCAGAAGUUGCAGUCAUUCGAAACCUCAUCACUCUCCAUCUCAAGAAUUCAUCCACUGAAAACCCAAGAGAGAUCUUACUCCUUUUGAGGAGAGCCAAUACCAGGAUGAAUCAAAUUGGGUUGGAGAGAUUCUUCGGAAAAGGCAGCUUGGGCUCUCGAGAGCUCAAGUGGUUCGCCGGAAUUUCAUGGAAUUCAGGCAUGAAGGCCGGAAAAGAGAGGGAAUACAAAGAGACAGCUGAGUUCUUAGAGGUGGGUGUUGCAUUCUAUGUAGCAUUAGAGGAUGGGGAUGAGAGAGAAAGCAAGACCAUGGUUUGUAAGUGUUUGAUAAUUGGAGCAGCGGCCGCAAUCACAAGAGAGAAGAUUGGUGGUGACAAAUUGCAUGAAUCUGAUAUCAAGAAGGUGGCUUCACUUUUAGAGAGGGCCGGAAAGCUUCUACCAUCAAUGAGCCAAUCCCUCGGCCCCGACUUCUUCUUCCUCUACACCUUCAACUCCUACGAGCUCCAUGGCCAUCUCAACGACCCCAAAUCCCAAACCCAAAUCCUAAAAACCUUCAUCUCCUCUCCCAUCUGUAACCCGAACCAUCUCCUCCACCUUGGCCUCAAUGCAUGCGAUGGGCCUCGCCCCAAUAUUGAGGCAGCAACCCUAUCCCUAGAUUCAUGCCUGAACUCUCUCCUCUCCUGUGCUUCGCCCGAUUACCAUAAAGUCGCUCUCGUCUUUCGAAAAUUGGCGGGAAUCGCUGGAUAUGAAGAUGGGGCUCUUGGGGUUUAUGAGAAAGCAAGGCAGGUGAUUGUGGGGUUGAAGGAAGGGGAGUAUCCAAGUGAAGAGGCUAAGUGGCUUGCUAUCAUGGCUUGGAACAAGGCUGGUCCUCAUUUGAGGUUCGGAAGAAAUGGGGUUGGUGAGAGGUGGAUGAGGUUGGGUUUGCAGAUUGCUAUGCUUGUGAAGGGGAUGGAGGGUUAUGUGGGGGAGAUGAACAAGUGGGUUGAGCAGAUGGAGAGGGCAAAAGUGGAGGAUCAGAGAGAGGAGAGAGAAAGCAGGCUUUGAUAUCAUUGUAAUACAGGUUGGUGACUCAAUGCUUGACACUCAUGGGGUACAUAAGGCUUGUGUUCCAUCUCUCCCUAGAUUCAUGAGGCAUAUGAUGUUAAUAAUCUCUCUCUCUGAUGCCUAUAUUCGAUCUCUCUGUGAUUGAAUACAUGAGAAUAUAGGGCACAUACUGCAUAUCUUCCAUCUCUCUCUCUCUCUGUGCAUACGGCAUAUGUUCCAUCUCUCUCUCUGUACAUACUGCAUAUGUUCAGUCUCUCUCUGUACAUACUGCAUAUGUUCCAUCUCUCUCUCGGGUUUUUUAUCGUAGAAGAAUGAAGAGGAAUUCAGUUUUCUCUCUCCCU